AUGUCCCCGGAACCCAAGGAACAGGCCAACGAACUUGCGCUCCUCGGCCUCGCCGGUGGUUUCCGCAACGUCUUUGGUCUCGUCAUCACCGGUCUCUGUAUGGAAGCUUCCUACAAGUGGUUCUUCCGUGACAUUGCCAUCCUCUGCUUUGCCUCCACUGCCGUCACUCACAUUUUUUCUGCCCCACACCCCUGUGGCUCCUUCCAAAGACGGCUUGCCAAAGUAGUAGGAAGUGCGCUGUUCGACAAGGCGCCGAAACAGGUCAAGGACUAG